UCUUGUACAGAUCAGAAGCAACAUAACUGGGACGAAGAAACUCCUAGCUUUAGUUUCUACCAAUUUGGAAUCAUACAUGGCUUCAGAUGGCAAUUUUCUCCAGGUUCCCCUUCGUCAGAAGCCGGGAAGGAAAACUCAAGGUUUCUUCACAAUGAGCCGGAGGAGGAUAUCGUGUAAAGACCUGGGCCACGCGGACUGCCAAGGGUGGCUCUACAAGAAGAAGGAGAAAGGAACUUUCCUGAGCAACAAAUGGAAGAAGGUCUGGGUGGUGCUGAAGGCGUCCUCCCUCUACUGGUACAGCAAUCAACUGGCAGAAAAAGCGGAUGGAUUUGUCAACCUGCCUGACUUCACUGUGGAGAAAGCAUCUGAAUGCAGAAAAAAGCAUGCUUUCAAGAUCAGCCAUCCACAGAUCAAGACCUUUUAUUUUGCAGCUGAGAAUACACAAGAAAUGAAUGUGUGGUUAAACAAGCUUGGAUUAUCUGUAACCCAUCAUGAAUCCACUACAAAGGAUGAAGAAUGUUACAGUGAAAGUGAACAGGAUGAUCCAGAAAUAGCCGUGGAGACAGCACCUCCUCCUAACUCUUCGGAGACUCUGCCCCCCUUGGCAGCAGAGCAGGCAUGUUCAUCUUCACCCAAUCUGAGUGAAACACCGGGUUCUUUCUCUUCCCUGGAAAGUACCGUAAAGACAGCCAGCAGUCUGCCCACCUCCUUGUCAAAGGAAAGACAGUCCUUGACCAACAUGAGCAGUUCGUCUGCUGCUGAAGAUGUGGGACAAUCUGUAGCAAUUGCUGUGGAGAUUCACCCACCUGGACCCUCAGAGGCACACAGUGACAAGGCCCCAGAGAACAGCGUGACCACGUCAGAAAGUGGAGUUUUGAACUCUUUAUCCAAUGGCGACCCGUCUUCACUGAGUAGCACCCUAGACCGUCUUACUGUCCCAGACAAGCCUACGGGAUCAAAGACGAUGGACAGAGAAGAAACCAGAGUGUCUGGAGAUGAUGAAAUGGAGAAGCUCUACAAGUCAUUAGAGCAAGCCAGUCUAUCUCCGCUUGGGGACCGGCGACCUUCAACCAAAAAGGAGUUGAGAAAGUCCUUUGUGAGGCGGUGUAAAAAUCCAUCCAUAAAUGAGAAACUCCACAAAAUCCGAACCUUGAAUAGCACAUUAAAGUGUAAAGAACAUGACCUGGCCAUGAUUAACCAGUUGCUGGAUGAUCCGAAGCUGACAGCCAGAAAAUACCGGGAGUGGAAGGUCAUGAACACCAUGCUGAUUCAGGACAUCUAUCAGCAGCAGCAGGACCCUGCAUCUGCAUCGGCCCCUGCAGGCUCCCCCUAGGGACUCCAGAAACCACCAUCCUCUGCCUCUGUUGAAAGUUCUGUUUGGACAUCAAGCCAGCAUUCUCUGCCCACCCCCACCCGCCUCCAGGCAACUCUUCAGGAUGUUACCAGAGCUCACAGUAAGAAAACUGAGACCAUGUCCUCAAGUAUCAGCUUCCUGUAGAGAUGCAGUCUUGGUGAGGACCAAUACCAGGAGCAGCAGGAAUCCUUCCAGGUGUGGCGUUCCCAUGGAGACCGGAGGGAUGGAGCCCAGUUGAACAGUCCUUGUGUUCCUGCUGGGAGCUCAGUUAUGCCAGACUCUAGGUGCAAUGUGAAAACACUGUUCCCUGCUCUCAAGAGAAUUACAACGUUCUGUGGACAAAGAUCACUCUUUUACCAUAGAAAUGUUCAGCUCUCCAAUUCUACUGAAUUCUCCAAAUCGUUUUGUUGGAUGAAGGAAUGUUUUCCAUGGCAGCAACUGGAACAGGACAGAUGUUUUUGUGGAACUGAAAUCCCCUACCCCUGGUCCAGAAUGGUGGUACCUUUUCCACGAGUGGAGAAACACUUCAUAGCGAGUGGGGUGUGGGAGAACCCGAGAAGGAGGCAUGCUUUGUGUUCCCCUCACUCAAAGGACAGCUUGAUGGCCUCACACUUCACCAGCUGGGGGUGGGGUGGGAUCUGAUUAUAUUUCCUUUCCACAGAACAGCUAACAAAAAUGUCUCAUAACUUGGGAGGCCUCUACUCCUUCCCAGCAUUCCUGAGCCCCUGUAGGGGACAGUAAAAGGUCCCAUAGGAAUGGUUGCUGCCUUUGUCUUUGGGUGUGUGCCGAUGCACAGUAUAACUUUAUAUCUAGGCUCCCCCAGAUAAAUAUUGAUGAGAUCAUUCUGUUAUCUGAAUUGUUUAAAUACCUUUACUCC